UGGAGGCUGGUGUGCGUGUACAGGAGAGCGGGUAGUCAGCCACUGUACCGGUCCAAAACCGAGAAGCUGAGUCACGUAGUCUGCGAUUGGUGGUGAUUCUGAUGGAAGCACAAACCGUAACGGCUUUGCAUAUGGCCGACUAAGGUCACAAGCGAUUGUUGGUGUAAGUUGUGAGCAGGCUACGGACGUGUGAUGUGUACAUAUGUACACUGUUGUAGUGUUUACGUUUGUGGAUUGUAAACAUGUGUGGAUAUGUCACUACCGCUGUAGAGGAGAGGCUUCCGCUUUAUAAUUAACACCGUUAUUACGACUAUGAUUAACAAAAUAGGAUUAUCAGUAAGACAGGACAUACAUGGUUAGUUUCACUGAAAGGUGUGAAGAAUUCGAUAGCCCGACUGGACACCUGUCAACAUUGUGUGUUUACUGGGAUCCCAAAUCAUAUACCGGAGACAGAUUCCAGUCGCCGAGAACAGCUGUUAUCGAUCUCUUGCAGAUCGAUUGACGAGUGAUCGGGAUCGAUAUAAGUGAUCGAAAACGUUCAGGUAAAGAUUAUACCUGUUUAGAGAUUCGAGGAUUCGAGAGGGAAGAAUUUACACCUGAUAUAGCGGCAGGGAUAACGCGCCGUAGUUAGACCUGACGAGAUAUAAGUUCAGUGGAAAACUAUCUUCAGUUGGGGUGAAUCAGUCGCUAUGGAGAUACAUGGUGAACCGAACUCCCAGCUCGACCCCCCGGGGUCACUGGCCGCACCCACUGUUCAGGGAUUACCUAGAGGUCGGGCGACCUCCCGGACGCGAGAGGAAGACUGUGAUACGAUAACCCGUGGUGAUAUGACAUCUCUACUAAGUAGAUUACAUAGACAAUAUUGUGUAUAUUUGUGGUGUGUAGUGUUUUUCCUGACUUUAUUGGAAUGUUCAGCGAGCACCUAUCAAGACAAUGAAGCUACGGCUGUGAGUUACCUCAAGCGCUAUAGAUAUCUCAAGGGCGCCAACACAGAAAUGACGCAAAACCUGAUGUCACAGGAAGAUCUCACGGACGCCAUCAAGAGGUUACAGAGGAAAGGCAAUCUCAGCCCAACAGGAAUCGUCGACCAGCGGACGAUCGCCCUGAUGAACCGGAAGCGAUGUGGUGUACCGGAUGAGGAUGAGUUUAGCGAGGAGUUCGGACGCCGCCGGAAACGUUACGUGCUGUCACAUUCUUCUUGGGAUAAAAAGGACCUCACGUACAGAAUACUUAAUUAUACACCUGACAUGGCCAUGAAAGAUGUCCGACAAGCGAUCUUCGAGGGGUUCCAAGUAUGGAGUGACGUCACAGACCUAACGUUCAGCGAGGUUCCGAGCGGCAACGCAGACAUCAUGAUUAAGUUCGCGAACGGGUACCAUAAAGAUGGCUACCCUUUUGAUGGAAAAGGGUUGAUACUGGCUCAUGCGUUCUACCCAGGGGCCGACAAAGGAGGUGACACCCAUUUUGAUGAUGACGAGUAUUGGACGUAUAACUCAGAGGAGGAGGGAGUAGAUCUGUUUAUGGUAGCGGCUCAUGAAUUCGGCCACGCCCUUGGUCUGGGCCACAGUAACGAGCCGGGGGCGCUUAUGUAUCCUUGGUACCAAGGCUAUCAGGCCAACUUUCGACUACCUCCUGAUGACGUCAUCGGAAUUCAGACACUUUAUGGUGCGCGACGUCGUCUUCCUCCCACCAAAGAUCGAAAUCCAACACCCCGGCCCCCGGGACGAGUGACUCCUCGUAUGCCUCGCCCUCGAACCAGACCGCCUCCGCGUGACCCCAUGACCCCACGUCCUCCUUACAAGGGAGAGGAGAUUGAUCCUUGCACCACUCCAUUUGACGCUAUCGCCGUCCUACGUGGAGAGCUCUUUCUGUUUAUCGGGGAGUUCUUCUGGCGACAGACCGACCAAGGACUUAUCAGCCAAGAGAAAAUCAGUCUUCACUCAUUCUGGAUGGGUCUACCGCACGAGGUGGACCACAUAGAUGCUGUGUUUGAGCGACUUAACGAUCAGAAAAUCAUCUUCUUUAUCGGUGACCGUUACUGGGUGUACAACAGUAACUCCCCGGUGUCCCGUUUCCCACCGGAAGGACGCCCGAUCACGGAGUUUGGAAUUCCUUCGGAUGUGAAGAAAAUUGAUGCGGCUUUCGUAUGGAGCUACAACUCCAGAACCUACCUUAUUAGCGGCGAUAUGUACUGGAAGCUCAACACCGAGAAUAACCACAUCGAGAUGGACUACCCCAGGGACAUGAGUAUAUGGCGGAACGUCCAGGUUCCUGUCAGUACCGCUUUCCAGUACAAAACCGGUCCAAAAGACAAGGGCAGAACCUAUUUCUUCAAGGACGAUCAAUUUUAUUUAUUCUAUGACGACAAGAUGCGCGUGAAAAAAGGCUACCCAAAGAAAGUAAACGAAGACUGGUGGGGAUGCAAAAGGCGCGUGGCGGAAAUCUCCAAAUACGGAAAUCCUGAGGAAUACACCGGAAAUAAAGCCAGCAGCGCCACCACCGGACUACUAACCACUGUGAUAUGUGUAUGUUUAGCAUUCAUUGGUCGAUAGACAACUCUGUUUAACAUUCAUUGGGCGAUAAACAACUCUGUUUAGCAUUCAUUUGACUCCAGGAAACUGGUUUGAUUAAGAUUCGACCUUACAUUAGAUGUAAGUGGACAUCCAGGGUUUAAGUAUAUCGAUACGUAGUAUCAAAUUGUUUGUAUACAAAUAUUUUUGUAUGAGAUUGAUUCAUAUUUGCUAUGAACACUGGUUGUGUAGGCCUACAGCAGGGGGCUGGAUUUCUGGUUCCAAGUUUGAAAUGUCUGUAUAGUGAACGCGUUACGUCAUUCUUUGAUUAAGAGCUUAAAUAAUUAUCGUAUGACGGUGUCAAGUGACGUCACAGAGAUGGUCAGUCAAAGGUGAUUCCAUAGAAUAAAGGAGAAUUAACCGUCAAAUAUGGUGUUUCAUCUUCAGAUUAUUUUACCUUUCGUAAUAAAUUCAAUUGUUUUCAAUGAAAAUCUUUCAUAUAUGUUUAUAUUUAGGUCGAUUGUAUAAGCAAAUACAUGUAAAUGUAACAGUGCUCUAUUAUAUAAAAUGUGUCCAUCAAACAGACAACCAAUUUAGGUAAUCACCUUUGACUGAACUCCGUGAAAAAACAUUAUCAUAACAAAUUAUUUCUAUCUUAACAAUACAUGUGACGACCAACUUUCUGAUUUACGCUCAUGUGCACUGGGUAUCCAGUUUAUGAACACGUGUCUGUAUGUCCGCUAUAGAAAGGUGUUGGUGUGCGGUAGACAGGUAUCAGUUUAGAAUGGACAAAUGUCGAUGCGUCCAUUUUGGACAGAUGUCAGUUUGUCCACCAGUUUGGACAGGUGCCACUUUCUCCGCCAGUUUGGACAAAUGUCAGUUUGUCCCCGUCCACCAUUUUGGACAGGUGUAAGAUUGACCAUCAUUUUGGACAGAUGUCAGCUUGUCCACCAGUUUGGACAGAUGUCAGUUUGUCCAGCAGUUUGGACAGAAGUUUGUCCACCAGUUUGGACAGAUGUCAGUUUGUCCACCAUUUUGGACAGAUGUCAGCUUGUCCACCAGUUUGGACAGAUGUCAGUUUGUCCAGCAGUUUGGACAGAAGUUUGUCCACCAGUUUGGACAGAUGUCAGUUUGUCCACCAUUUUGGACAGUCGCUGGUGUUCUUUAAGCAAAAUCUAGUCUAGUAAUACGAAUCUUUGUCAUGCUGACAAAAUAUUUCCCACUUAGUAGGUACCGUUAUUCAUCCUGGAGAUAUGCUAAGCAAUAUUACACCAUGCUUAUGGCACUAUGCAAUGUUGUCAAGAGUACCUGAUACUGACAGUCUAAGCACCACCUUCCAUACACAUGCAGGGUUACACCUCCACUAUUAUUGCACGCGCGGAUUUAUAUCCUUACGACUACUGAUAUCGAUAACACGUGACUCAGCAUUUCCUGAUAUCGUUUCAUACACGUCUCGACGUCACUUGCGUGUACACGUGUCUUUCAUUCCAGUCACCUCCCGAAAUCUACAAGGGUGACCUUUUCACCUUUCACGUCACAAUCCACACCACUAUCAUACAGUCAGCUUUUUAACGCUCUGUACAUACACACAAGUCCCAAACCAUGCCUUCUAACACAGUCCCCUCCUUCUUAGUCCCAUCCCUAUUAAAAAAUCGGACAUCCAUCGGGUCUAUCCGUCAAACCUCGAACUCUCUCGUCUUCAGAAAAUUCCCGAGAUGUUCCGAUUGCCCUAAUAUAGCCCCACCUGAGUGUACUCUAUAUUUGAUACACGCCCUACCUUUCUCUCUUGCCAUUUUGUUGAAAUAAAAUCCCUUAACUGAGUGCCAUUGUCAUGAUAAUCAUUAUUUUCAUAAACACGAAGACGGUUGUGAUUUCUAUGUUGUAUUUACUUUGUCUGCAUGCUUUUCCUUGUACAAGUUUCAUGUCACUCCUGUAGGAUAGAAGUUCAUGCAUCUGUAACAAUAUGUAGCUUAUGUAGAUUAAUUCGCUUUUAAAAGAUAUAAAUCGCAAAUUAUUAUUUAAUUUACAUUAAUUGUCAUUGCAAAACUAUUUCGCAUUAUUUUCAAGCCUUUACUCUCUAUUUUGAAACUAGGCUCAAAUAAAGCAAACUCCGAUUCGGAUUUUAAAAGUAUUUCAUACUAUGUAAGAAGCCUUCGAUAAAAUCACAUCAUAAACGAGUAAUUACAUGUCUCAGUGUUUAGUAUCUGAUCAGAAAAGUUCAUAGAAGACGGAGAAGUAGCGUUUAAUAUUGCUACCGACGCCAUGUUUUCGGUUGCCUUACUCGCAAAUAUUAGUAGCAUUGUUACCCAAUUUCAAUACUCAUAUAUUUUUUUUUUGCAUUAUACAUUAUUAUAUUUAUUGAUGAUGUUGAUUUCGUUUGGUGCCAAUUAGCUUUUCAGUCGGUGUUUGAGAUGUUGUCGUAUGACACAAAUCACAUUUGUGCCAUUUGUGAGCACACAUACGGGGAAACCAAGGAAAGACAACUCUGGUUUAUGUUAUUUGUAACUGUGAUAUUGUCGUUGGAUGUAAGCGCAUGUAUGAGGUCAUUGACUACUGAACUUUGAUUUCAAUAGUUUAAAAAAUAUUUCACUAAUGAAAAGCUAUGAUAUGCUGUUUAACGUUCAUUUUCUUAUGGAAAUCAAUUCCUCUUCCGGUAAUAAAACGGAAGUGAGUUUUUGACUUUUGGUAUCAUAAGUAGAGGGAGUAGGACCUACUUGAUCGGUUUUUAAACGUUAUCAAGGCAACUAUAUGUAAUGAUGAAGUGCAUCCUUUAUAUUUAAAUUUUAUUGAUCAUCCAAAAAAAUAAAACAAAUUUACAAAUAUAUAUGAACAUUUAUUUCUGCUGCAAAACGGUAGCGUUUGCUUCUUCUUGAGAAUCCCGUUAAAUGCUUUUCAAUUAUAUUUUGUUUGAGUCAAAUCAUAGUGCAUGCUCAUUCACGUCAGUUGCAUGUGUGUGUGUGUGUGUGUGAGGGAGUGUGUGAAUAUUGUGUGUGUGUGUGUGUGUGAGAGGACGAUUUGCAUCGCGUGCAAGAGGCCGAUGUACGUAUUCGCAAGAGAAACAUUUACACUGCGCCUAUGUACUUCUACAGAAACAGUUUGCAUUGCGCCAGUGUAAAAAUCUCUGUGUGUUUAUACUUACACGAAAUUCAGUGAGAGUUGUGUGUGUGUACGUAAACGAAAAACAGUUUACACUUCGCUAGUGUAAAUGCGUGUAAUUCAGCGAGAGUUCUGUGUGUGUACGUAAACGAAAAACAGUUUACAUUGCGCUAGUGUAAAUCCGUGUAAUUCAGCGAGAGUUCUGUGUGUGUACUUAAACGGAAAACAGUUUACACUUCGCCAGUGUAAAUCGUGUAAUUCAGUGAGAGUUCUGUGUGUGUACGUAAACGGAAAACAGUUUACACUUCGCCAUUGUAAAUCCGUGUAAUUCAGCGAAAGUCUGGCGAGUGUAAAGUGUUAUGGUGUGUGCUGGUGAUAUACAUGUAUAGUGCAAUAUUUAAUCUUUAGAUGUUGAUAAUCUUUGAUUGAUGCUAAAAUUAUUCUCCGAACGUGUGUACAUAUUUUUGCUGUCAUUUUGAUUAUAAUCUCUAUAAAAAAAUAUAUUUUAAAUAGAAUUACAUUUUCGGUAAAAAUGAAAAUUUGUUGCAAAUUUUCGAUCGCGUUUAAAAACUUAAAAUCAUUUUGGUAUUGUUUAUAAAGACAAAAUCUCUAUACUAGCCAAACGGUAUUAUCAUUUCGGGUAUUUAACAAAAUAUUCCAGAAGUUUAUGAUUAAAAGCUCUUUUUUAAAUCUACAAUACCGUUGUUUGACAAAGUGGUGUCUCAGGAGACUGUCGUCGUGUAUAUUUUGUCAUUUGCAUAUUUUGUCAUUUGCAUAUUUUGUCAUUUGCAUAAUUUAUAACCUGAUGAGGAAUCUGUUUUGUUUUGCGUAUAUAUACAUUUGCUUAUGAUAAAUAUAUGUUAUAUUUUAAAAGAACCCAUUUUAAUACUCAGUAAAUGUGAUCCAAUACUCUGCAACUCCUAUUUAGUUGCAAGUUCGACUUGUUUAUAUUUAGAUGAAGAAGAUAAUGAUACUUUCGUUAGACACUUAACUUGUACAAAAUACACAGAUAUUAAUUAUUAAUCAACCGGUGAUUCGAUAAAAAUGUCGCAAAACAGAAAAUGAUUUGGAUUUUUUUUUUCAGAUUAGGAAUGCUCAUUGGGAAAACCCACUUACUAAAUAACAUAGCUACUUAAUUAAAAUUGGUGAUACAUGUAUUUACAUAUAUUUUAUUUAGAUCUCGAAACUCUAUAUUCAUCAUUUAUAACGAGUCUAUUUGUUUUCAAGCUGGCCUUGUUCCAUAUGUGUAAUACUUUAAGCUUGAACUUCAUGGCAUAGCUAUUUUUUAUUAUUAUUAUCAUUUAAUUGGUGAUUUGGAUGAAUGUUGAAUGGUACAGAUCAAAUUAAAACAAAAUUUAGAAAUAAAAAGUAAUUAAUAGCUAGUUUUGAUUAUUUCCUUUAAGAGUAGGAUUCAACAGUGCUAAUCGACUACUAAGGGACAGCUCUUUCUCAUUAUCAAAACGCAUAUGUUUACAUUUGGUGUUUAGAUUUUUUAAAUCAACAUUUUUUUUUACGCAUUUGCUUUAAACGGUUUGAAUUAAAAGCUUUUAUGAAGGGGCAAAAUAUCUUUGGAAAGUCUUUAUGAAAAGGUUUUAAAGAAUAAAUAUCCUUUAUGUGUAUUUAUUAAUUUUGGAAGAGAUGAAUGCAUGAUGUAAUUACGAAUAUUGAGAUAUGUUUGGGAUUUAAACAAAAAAUCGUGUUUUAUUUUUAAACCCAACUGAACAAUGAUACUUUGUAUAAUUUUCUUUUGAUGACAUAAGACUUUCGGAGUGAAAAUACAACACCAUGUGAUCGUUACCAUGGAGAUUCUUUAUACAAAAAUGAUAUCCAAUAUACGUCUGUACAUUUCUAUGAAGAGAACGAAAUGUUCUAUAUUUUCCUUCACACAAUUGUAUUUAUUUAAUGUUUUUGUCACUUGGAAACUAAAUAAACUUAAUUUGAUAAAUA